UUUCCCGUGACUAACUUUACCCUCCUUUCCCGUGCUUUUCCUGUGCCCUAAAAGCCUUUGGCAUCGGCGCUCCCAGCAGCAUCUUCGACGUGCUCCGUCGCAGCUCCGGCUUCCCCUCCCUUCGUCGACGGCAACUGCUCCGACUUCCCCUCCUAAAAAGCCUUCGGCAUCGACGACUCCCAGCAGCCAUCUUUGACGUGGUCUGCCGCAACUCCGGCUUCCCUUCCCUUCGUCGACGAAAGCAGCUCCGGCUUCCCCUCCCUUCGUCGGCGGCAGCAUCUCCGGCUUCCUCUCCCUUCGUCGACUCCAGCAGGCGUAAUUGUAAUUAUCAUGGAGUUGUCAUUGAUUGAAUCUACGAGUUGUCGUAGGUUGACUUUUGAUGCAAAUAAAGACUGUCGAGAUGAUGAGUUUGAUGUUAUUGAUGAGGGUAUGGACUCUAGCAUGUUAUUGAUGAGUUCUAAUCCAUCUAUCACAGAAGAAUUGAUACCAAAAAUGGGUAUGGAAUUUAAAACAGAAGAAGAAGCCUAUGAAUUUUAUUUGAAAUAUGCUAAACAAGUUGGAUUUGGUAUAAGAAGGAGCAAAAGCCACAAUGAUAAAUCGGGUAAAUUAGUUGACCGAAUUUUUUGUUGUAGUGCACAAGGUAAAAGGGGAAAAGACAAACGAGAUGUUUAUGUGAAAUCAAGUCGUCCUGAAACAAGAUUUGGUUGUGAGGCUAAAAUGAAGAUUAGUUGUCGAAAAAAUGGCAACUUAUCUGUGGAGCAAUUUGUUAAAGAGCAUAAUCAUUAUCUUUCAAGUCCAAACAAAACUCAUCUCUAUAGAUGUCAUAGAAAUAUAUCUUCUUCUGCGGCGAUACAAAUUGAGAUGGCAAGUGAUGUGGGAAUCCCUCCAAAAUCAUCUCAUGAUCUUAUGGUGAGACAAGUAGGUGGGAGAGAGAAUUUAGGUUUUAUUCCUGAAGAUUACAAAAACUACUUGCGAUCCAAAAGAACAAGAAAUAUGAGAGUUGGCGAUACAGGAGGUGUAUUGGAAUUUUUACAGAAAAUGCAGUUUGAUGAUCCCAACUUUUUUUAUGCUAUUCAAGUUGAUGAAGAUGAUUUGAUAACUAAUAUUUUUUGGUGUGAUGCUAAGAUGAGAGCUGAUUAUGGAAAUUUUGGAGAUGUUGUUUGCUUUGACACAACCUACAGGAAGAAUAAUGAAGGUCGUCCAAUUGCAUUGUUUGUAGGUGUUAAUCAUCAUAAACAAUCUAUAAUUUUUGGUGCAGCUUUAUUAUAUGAUGAAACAUCUUUGACGUUUGAGUGGUUGUUUGAUACAUUUACCAAAGCUAUGUGUGAGAAAAAACCAAUAACUAUUCUUACAGAUCAAGAUGCAGCAAUGGCAAAGGCUUUAGCUUCCAGAUGGCCUAAAACACAUCAUCGUUUGUGUAUUUGGCACAUUUAUCAAAAUGCCGCAAUACAUUUAAGUGGAGUUUUUUCUGAUUUCAAAGAGUUUACUAAAGAUUUUUCUUCAUGUAUAUAUGAUUUUGAUGAAGAGGAAGAGUUUAUUUCAGCUUGGAAAAUGAUGUUGACCAAAUAUGCACUUGAAGACAAUGAUUGGUUGAGACGUCUUUUUCGCAUAAAGGAAAAAUGGGCUUUAGUAUAUGGACGACAAAUGUUUUGUGCGGAUAUGACUACAACCCAAAGAAGUGAGAGCAUGAAUAGUAUUUUGAAAAGAUAUGUCACUUAUCAACAUAAGUUUUUAGACUUUUUCAAUCACUUCCAAAGAUUGCUUGAUGAUCGUCGAUAUGAGGAGUUAAAAGCAGAUUUUAGAUCAAAUACAAGUGUUCCAUGUUUAGUGUAUCCAAUUGAAAUUUUAAAGCAUGCAAGUUGUGUUUAUACUCCUGAGGCAUACAAGUGUUUUGAACAAGAGUGGUACAAAUCUCAUGAUUCUAGUGUAGAUAUUUGUGAGGAUGUUGAUUCACAUACAAAAUACAAGAUUACUCCUCACAAAAAGAGUUACCAUCAUAUAAUUACACUUGAUUCAUCUAGUCAAAAAAUUGAGUGUAGCUGUAGAAAAUUUGAUUUUGCUGGGAUUUUGUGUUCUCAUAUUUUGAAAAUAUUUACAAUGAAAAAUAUCAUGAAGAUCCCAAGUGAGUAUAUAUUGAAAAGGUGGACACGAAAAGCAAAAGAUGGAUACUUUGGAGUUAUUGAUUUAAUUGCAAACAAAGGUAGUUUGGAUCCAAAAGCUUGCACCAAUUUGCGAUACAAAGAAUUAAGUGGGUUGUAUGUUCAAUUGGUUACCAAGGCAGCGGAGAGGGAAGACACAUACAAGGUUGUUAAAGAUGGUUUGUUGAGUAUGUUCAAGAUGGUGGAUGAGAGGUUACAAGUUAAUGAACCAACUGUCCAACACUCAAUUGAAAGAGAGUUCGAAAUUGGUGAAGGAAAUUCUCUUGGAGUCAAAGGAAUUAAAACAAAGAAAAAAAUGGUUUCAAGUAAGAGGUUGAAAGGUGGCUUAGAUAAGAUUUCAAAGAAAAAGAAAGCAGCAAGAAAAACCAACCAAACUUCAACAAUUGUUAAGGAUGUAGAAGGGUAUUAUGAAAGUAUAUCCAGCAUGCCUAAUGUAGAAUGUCAACGGAUGAUCAAUCAACCUACAAAUUAUAGCUGCGUUCAAGGUUUGAGUAUUGCCGAAACUCAAUUUCCACCACUUUUGUCAACACAACUAUCUCAGGUUCACUCUGAUAAUGGUUAUUUUCAGACAAGUAAUCGGGAAUGAUGGUACACCAAUUAUAUGGAUGUUGCUACAAUGGAAUGCACAUCAACUAAAGGACACCACAAAGAGUGAUUAAUGUUCGUCAAUAUAGGUGUUGUUGGCAUCGAGCUAUAAUGAAAUGCAGACAAAUAUGUAAUGAAAUACCAUAUUUUGUGCUAAGCUAAGAACUUCAUUUACGCAUACUUCAUUUAUGGCUAAGCAAAGAACUUUUGUGCAUCAUAUUUUGUAGAUACCAUAUUUUGUGCUGCUUCUAAUUCCAACAUUUAUUUAGUGAGUGUUUCUAUGAAA